UAAAAAAAUAAAUAAAUCCCUUUUCCGCUCUAUACACCACCGUUCGCAAACACACCCAAACCACUGAUUUUCUCUUCAAAAAUCGCCGCCGCACAACAGUCGUGCUCUGCCGCACACCCACCGUCCGAACAGCCGAACUUCGUGUCAGGCUUGUUUUAAUUCUUUCCUUUGUAUCUGUUUUUCGCGUUUGGAAGCAAACCCUAGAAAUGAAUGGUAGAAGUGAAGAACGACGGAGUGAUUCAGAGGAAGAAGAAGGACAAUUCAUCAGAAAUCGGGAAGAAAGAGAAGACAGUAGAAAGCGUCGCGGUCGCGAUGAGGAUAGUAAGCGAGACCGCCGUGGAGCUGAGGAGGAAGAUCGGCGCAGAAUUAAAGAUCGUGGUGAAGAUUCAGAGGAUGAAGUUGAUCGAAAAAGGAAUAGGGAUAAGGAUAGAAGUGAAAGAGAUGGUGACAUUGUGAAAGAGAGGGAUAGGGAUAACCGUCGUCGGCAUAAGGGUUCUUCAGAUGAAGAAAUUAGGGAUAGGGAAAGAAGGCAUAGAGUUGAUAGGGAUGGUGGUAAUGAGAAGGAGAAGGAUCACCGUCGUCGGUAUAAGGAUGAUUCAGAGGAAGAUGAUAGGAAGAGAAAUAGGGAUAGGAGGUAUAGAGAUAGGGAUGAUGAUAAUGAGAAGGAAAGGGAUCGCCGUGGUCGGUAUAAGGAUGAUUUGGAAGAGGAAUUUGAUAGGAAGAGAGAUCGGAAUGGGGAUAGGAGGCAUAGGGUUGAUGAUAGGGAUGGUGAUAAUGAAAAGGAGAGGGAUCGACGUGGUGACAAUGAUAGAAGAGGGAAUGGGGAGAGGAGGCACAGGGAUGGUGAUAAUGAGAAGGAAAGGGAUCGACGUGGUGAUGAUGAUGAUAGAAGAGGGAAUGGGGAGAGAAGGCAACGAGUUGAGAAGAAUGGAGACAAUGAGAGGGAAGAGAUUAGGAAGAAAGAGGAAGGACGUGGGGGAGCGAUUCCAGCGAUACCUGCUAGUGGUAUCAAUGGUGAUGCUUCUACUUUGGGGAAAAGUGGUGGUGUUUACAUUCCACCAUUUAAGUUAGCGAGGAUGAUGAGAGAAGUUGAUGAUAAAAGUAGUCCUGAGUAUCAACGGCUGACUUGGGAUGCUCUGAGGAAGAGUAUUAAUGGUUUGGUAAACAAGGUCAAUGCGAUUAACAUUACAAAUAUAAUUCCGGAAUUGUUUUCCGAGAAUUUGGUUCGUGGAAGAGGACUGUUUUGCAGAUCCUGUAUGAAAUCGCAGAUGGCUUCUCCUGGGUUUACUGAUGUGUUUGCUGCAAUGGUUGCUGUAGUCAACACAAAAUUUCCUCAAGUUGGUGAUCUUUUGCUUAAAAGGAUUGUUUUGCAGCUGAAAAGAGCUUAUAAGCGUAAUGACAAGCCUCAAUUACUUGCUGCUGUUAAGUUUGUAGCACAUCUUGUGAAUCAGCAAGUGGCUCAUGAGAUCAUUGCUCUAGAGUUACUCACGGUUUUGCUUGAGAAGCCUACCGAUGACAGUGUUGAAGUAGCUGUUGGUUUUGUAACUGAAUGUGGUUCAACACUGCAGGAUCUCACACCUAAAGGACUUCAUGGUAUCUUUGAGCGUUUCCGUGGAAUUCUUCAUGAAGGAGAAAUUGACAAACGUGUUCAAUUUCUGAUUGAAGGAUUAUUUGCAAUAAGAAAGGCAAAGUUUCAGGGUUAUCCAGCUGUUCGGCCUGAAUUAGACCUUGUGGAGCAGGAAGAUCAGUUGACCCAUGAAAUCUCCUUGGAUGAGGAAAUAGAUCCUGAGACUUCCCUUGAUAUAUUCAAACCUGACCCCAAUUAUAUGGAGAAUGAAAAGCGUUAUGAAGAGUUGAAGAAAACCUUGCUGGGCGAGGAAGAGAAGGAAUCAGAGGGAGAAGAAGGUUCUGAUGAUGAAUCAGAUGAAGAUGGUGAAUCUGAUGAAGAGAACGAGGAAAGUAUGCAAAUAAAAGAUGAAACAGAGACAAAUCUAGUCAAUCUUCGGAGGACCAUCUAUCUAACAAUCAUGUCUAGUGUCGAUUUUGAGGAAGCUGGUCACAAGCUUCUCAAAAUUCAUCUCGAGCCAGGUCAAGAGAUGGAACUGUGUAUUAUGCUUUUGGAAUGUUGCAGUCAAGAAAGAACUUACCUCCGAUAUUAUGGUCUUCUGGGCCAGCGAUUCUGUAUGAUUAACAAAGUGCAUCAAGAAAAUUUUGAGAAAUGCUUUGUGCAGCAAUAUUCCAUGAUCCACCGACUUGAAACAAACAAACUGCGAAAUGUGGCAAAGUUUUUUGCUCAUUUGCUUGGGACAUUUGCUCUGCCUUGGAACGUCUUAUCAUACAUUCGCUUGACUGAAGAGGACACAACUUCUUCUUCACGUAUAUUUAUUAAGAUUCUCUUCCAGGAAUUGUCGGAGCAUCUUGGAAUCCGGUUGCUAAAUGAGCGGUUAAACGAUCCAACAAUGCAGGAGUUUUUUGAAUCCAUAUUUCCCAAAGAUAAUCCUAAAAACACACGAUUCUGCAUUAACUUCUUUACCUCCAUUGGUCUCGGUGGUCUUACUGAGAAUCUACGUGAGCAUUUGAAAAAUAUGCCACGUAUGAUCAUGCAACAGCAGAAGCAAGUUUCAGAUUCUGACUCGGAUAAUGAAUCUGGAAACUCCAGUUCAUCAGAUUCAGGAACCAGUUCUGAAUCAGAGUCAGACUCGGCAAGUUCUGAUGAAAGUGAUAGAAAAAGAAGAAAACGUAGAAGAAAGUAAAGCUUUGUAUGCUAUUUUCAAAACCUGUUGCAUCAACAAACCCGUGUUUGGAAAAAUCCACGGUUUCAAAAUUUGUAUGUUUUCUUAAAGGGUGAAAUGAGCUCUGCUUUGAUCAAAGGGAUGUUAAAUUUGUGUAUUGGAUAGUUGUUUUGCUUGGAGAUUGCCCUGUCUAUUUGGAUUUGUUUAAGGUUUUUCUAAGAUCUGAAAUUUUAGUUUAAAUUCUAGCUCUGGCUUUGAAUUUUUGUAUCAAAACCCUCAAAGUAGAACCUUUACGCUGUGGAUCCUGUAGCCAAAAUGCUAAUUAAGAUGCUCCAUAAUGGGUUUUUAACCCGUAUUUGUUUAAAUGUUUGAAUUGAA